AGUGAGAGGUUGAUUGGUUCGACCAAAAUUCUUCAAAGUGGUGUCCCAGCAUGGCUGCAGUCUAAUGACUGACACAAGUAAAAAAUAAAAGAUAAAUAUUAAAUAAUUUUAUAAUACUGAUUUCAAAUUUCGGGAAAAAAAAAUAAGCCCAGCAACUUUGGAGGAAGGAGUAAGUCGAUUGCAUUGAUUCCAGUGCUCAACUGGUACUUAUUUUAUCGGCCCCGAAAAGAUAAAAGACGAUGUUGACAUCAUAGUUUGAAAUAUUGGCGAAAAGUUUAGUCCGAUGAGAGUUAUCCCCCUGUUUGUUGUUGGGUGUGUCUCAGGAGUUACCCGGCUUAAGGUAUUGUCUCAUCGGUACUUUUUCAUCAUCUUACAAGAUUCUGAUUGAUAAAAAAUGUCUGGUGAUCUUUAUAUUGGCAUUGAUGUAGGAACUGCAAGUGUAAGGGCAGCACUUUUCCAAAAUAAUGGAACACUGAUUGCCAAACAUGUCAGUAAAAUCUCCAUUCACAAUCCACAACCAGAUUAUUAUGAGCAGUCAACAGAAAACAUUUGGGCUGCUGUUAUUUGUUCUGUCAAGGGAAUAAUGUCUUCUAGUCAAGUAAGUCCCAAAGAUGUGAAAGGUAUUGGAUUCGAUGCAACGUGUUCACUUGUAGUUCUGGAUGCAAAUGGUCAGCCUUUAACUGUUAAUCCUUCAGGAAAAAAUGAGUGGAAUGUAAUUAUGUGGAUGGAUCAUCGUGCCAAAGAUCAAGCCGAUCGGAUUAGUGAAACUAAGCAUGAUGUUCUCAAGUAUUUAGGAGGCUCUAUGUUUCUUGAAAUGCAGACACCCAAACUUCUCUGGCUAAAAGAGAAUCUUUCAGAUACAUGGCAAGCAGCUGGAUCUUUUUAUGAUUUACCAGAUUUUCUGACCUGGAGAGCAACUGGCCAUGAUUCUAGAUCAUUAUGUUCAGUAACAUGUAAAUGGACUUAUCAAUCAUCUGAGAAUGGUCAAGGAAAUUGGAACAGUCAGUUUUUUGAUUUAAUUGGAUUGCAAAAACUAACAGAAAAUGAUUUUGCUAAAAUUGGUAAAGAAGUAAAAUUUCCAGGAGAAAAUGUCUGUUCAACUGGUCUUUCUGUCGCAGCAGCUGCUGAAUUAGGUCUUUCUCCAGGAACAACUGUUGCUACAUCCAUCAUUGAUGCUCAUGCUGGAACACUUGGUUCUAUAAAUUGCAAGCCAAGAGGAAUGGUGGCACCACCGCUGCUUAAUCGGAUGUCACUAAUUAGCGGCACCUCGAACUGUCAUAUAGUGUUAAGCUCAUCUGCCAAAUUUGUACCUGGCGUGUGGGGUCCUUAUUACUCAUCAAUUCUGCCCCAGCUUUGGUCAACUGAAGGUGGUCAAAGUGCUGCAGGUGACCUGCUUGACCAUAUUGUGAAAAAUCAUGCUGCAUUUCCAGCUAUUAAAGAAAAAGCAGAAAAGAGAUCAGUGCAUACUUUCACCAUUCUCAAUGAAGCACUUGAAGAUUUAAGACAGCAAAAUAAACUAUUAUCUGUAGCUUUGCUCACGUCGAAGUUACAUAUGUGGCCAGAUUUCCAUGGUAAUCGUUCACCACUUGCAGAUCCUACACUACGAGGAAUGAUUUCGGGAUUGAGGCUGUCAUCUUCUCAGAAAGAAUUAUGUUUGCAUUAUUUAGCUACAGUACAAGCCCUUGCUUAUGGCACCAAACAUAUCAUCCAAGAACUUGAAAAAUAUGGGCACAAUAUCAAUGUGGUGCAUAUGUGUGGAGGUCUGAGGAAUAAUUCCUUGCUAGUGCAAACCUUUGCAGAUGUUGUUGGAAUACCAUUUGUUCUUCCUGAUAUGGAUGAAUCAGUGUUGCUAGGAGCAGCUAUUCUUGGUGCAUUUGCCAGUGGAAAUUACUCUAGUAUUCAGGAAGCUAUGGAAGCAAUGGGUGGAGAAGGCUCUGUUGUCAUGCCAAAUAAACAGGACUUCAGUUACCAUGAAAAGAAGUACCGAGUAUUUCUCCAGAUGUUAAAUGAUCAGAAAGCUUACCAAACCAUAAUGGAAUCAUAGAAAGAACAUCCUAGAUAAAAAUAUCUCUUACAAUUUAUAACAAUUGUCCCAGGAAUAUUGAAUUUGCAACCAUUGAUUUCUUUCACAAAAUUUAUAUCAUGGCUGAUGGAAAUUAUUUUCAGAUCCUAAAUGAAUAAGUAAUUAGUGAUUUAGUAUUAUCAUAAUUAAAUGUCAAAAAGUUUACAUCAUGACUGAUGGAAAUUAUUUUCAGAUCCUAAAUGAAUAGGUAAUUAGUGAUUCAAUAUAAUCAUGAUUAAAAUUUUGAAAAUUUAAUAAAAAUGGAUAUUUUUUUUAAAAA